AUGUCUCAAAAAUUUUUAAAAUUAAGACGCAAUACCUUCGAUUUUAUCGACUUUUCACGUUCCGAUAAAUUUUUUAAGCAUAAAAAGCAUAGUUUGGAAAUAUCGGAACCUGUCACGGAGGAUAUUUCGUCAGUUUUUGAUGAUUUUCCGAAUGAACUUCUUUUGAUGAUUUUCAGUUAUUUGAACUACAAAACUCUUCAAAAAUGUCGUCUGGUGUCCCGUCAUUGGCUUUCAGUUCUCAACACUUCUCGGAAAUUCAACGAUGAUCUUUUGUAUCUUCACGAUUGUCGUCUUGAUAAAGUUGAGGAACAUCCAUUUUCAACUCUUAUGAAGUCAUCACGACCUUUUUAUUCCCUCAAAAUAGGACGAAUCAGUAUUUCUUCCAAUUUUUGCUCAGACCAGCUAUGGGAAAAGCUUUCAACGACAGUAAUUUCCUUGGAUUUAACGGAAUUAAAAUUUGUGUCACACGAAAAAUGCAAAAAUAUUGACCGUGAAAAGUCAUUUUACGUCUUUGAAAAAUUUCAUAAAUUAAAAACUUUGAAAAUUUCCUUGAAUAUGGACCAAAAAUCAUGGGAAGAGAUGAUUUUGUACCUGAAACAACAAAAAUUCGCCACAAAAAGUGACGAAAUUCAAGAUUUUUUCAUCACGGAUCUCAGCGGAGACGCCUUGCUGUUCGAAAAAUUCCUCCAAGUGAUGCCCUCGAUAAAAAAUUUUCACAUUUUAUCUCUUUCUGGCUUCAAGGACAUGCCAAUUUUGCUGCAAAUGCAUGGAAACGCUAUAAAACAUGUCGGUCCCAAUGUCAUUGUCAUCUACCAUGGAAGUGGAAAUCGCGUUGCCGAAGAAGAAUCUCUCAAAGAACUCACAGAUUUACAAGAAUUGCAACUUUUAACGCUCGAUUGUGGCUGGAGAGUUGACGAUUACAACGCCGCAUCGAUAAAUAACUUCUUGAACCGCCAAAAAAGCUUGGAAAAUGUCACUCUCGAGUGUUACGGAGACAUUCCAUGCGACAUUUGGAGCAACGUGACAAAACUCACUGUUCGUUUCGACGACACAAUCACAUCUUUAGCGAAAUUAGCACCUUUGGUCAACCUAAAAUCGUUGGAUUUUUGCAUCAGUGAGAGUUAUCGCGACGCCGAAUACCGCGAAAUUCAUCCUUGCUUCUUCGGACAUGAAAUAAUUUCAAAUCCCAAGUUAACUCAACUCGCUAUCAAGACGGGACCUCGCAAAUAUAUCUACAUGACACGUGAUAAGCCGGGAAAAUCUUGCGCCGAAUGUUGGCGAACGAUGCUCGAAAGUUUCCCAAAUCUGGAGGCUUUGAAAUUUUGUCAUAACAAAUAUCUAAAAGACGUGGUGCCUUUAAUUCUGGACCUGAAAAACUUAAAAAAGCUAAUUUUAAUUAAUCUUCGAUGUUUUCAUUGUUUUUUGACAGAAUGGAAAUCGAUGCCCGUGUUAACUCACUUGGAAUUGUGGCAAGCGACGAAAAUUUCUCUUGAAGGAAUCACGAAACUCUGUGAAGAAGCUCCAAAUUUGCGACAUCUGAGAUUGUUGGGAGCUCAUUUGGGACAGCCAGACAACAUUUUCAAGGCAAUUUGUCAAAAUUUGCCGGAACUUGAAAUUUUGGAGGUAGAUUUCGACAGUCCGGGACUCACCAAACAAGCUUUUCACAAAUUACAUCAGUUGCAGAGCUUAAAAGUGCUUGGGCUGGGCAAUCAUGAAAAAGCGCAAUUAUCAAUUCCGCGUCAAAUUGAGCUUUUUGAGAAUUUACCGAAACUGCGAAUAAUUCGAGAUAUUGGAUCCGACUCGCAUACCGUUAGUCGACUCGAAAUAAAGGAACUCUCCAAGGAAAAUUUCCGCUCCGAAGAAAAAUGCAAGAAAAAACCAUCAAAAUUGUCGAAAAUGAUGUCGUUUGUCGCGCACACCAGUCGAUGAACGUAAAUUCUUUUUAUUGUGAAUGAAUUGUGUGUCAAUUGAAAA